CGUAAUUCUGAGUCGUAGGCUAUGAAACAGGAAACGCACUGGAUAUGGUACAGUGUUUGUAUAAUAUAAAUCGUUUUGCAUUGCUCGGACAGCAAUAACGAACGAAUGCAGACAGACGGGUGAGACUGAGUGCAGCGAUGAUUCACGAAGGAAAUAUCCUGACUACUUAUAUCCUCUUCAUCUGAUGUUGAUGCUAUUAAUGUCACUGGCGUGAUUUUCAAACUGGGGAAGCAGCAUUUAAUGCUUCACUUUGUUUAAUAUUCAGGCAGCGACAGAAUGAUAGAAGAACGCAGUAAACGAGGCACGGCCAUGGUGGAGAGGAGACAACUCUUCAUGGAGAUGAGGGGACAAAACUUUGACGUCAUCAGACUGUCAACCUAUAGGACGGCCUGCAAGCUAAGAUUCGUGCAGAAAAGAUGCAACCUGCACCUGGUGGAUGUGUGGAACAUGAUCGAGGCGUUCCGUGACAGUGGUUUGAACACACUGGACCACAACGCAGAGAUUAACGUGUCUAGGCUGGAGACCAUCUUGUCCUCCAUCUACUACCAGCUCAACAAGCGUCUUCCCACCGUGCACCAGAUCAACGUAGAGCAGUCCAUCAGUCUGCUCCUCAACUUCAUGGUGGCUACAUAUGACAGUGAAGGCCACGGGAAGCUGAGCAUUUUCUCGAUGAAGGCAAUGUUGACGACUAUGUGUGGAGGGAAAAUAGUGGACAAACUACGUUGUAUCUUCUCCCAGAUCUCUGACUCUAAUGGUGUGAUGGCCUUUGCUAAGUUUGACCAGUUUCUUCGUGAAGUUCUGAAGCUGCCCACAGCUGUGUUCGAGGGCCCGUCGUUUGGAUACACAGAACACGCCGUACGGACAUGCUUCCCUCAGCAGAAGAAGAUCUUGCUGAACACGUUUUUGGACAUUUUGAUGGCAGAUCCUCCCCCCCAGUGUCUCGUGUGGCUACCUCUCAUGCACCGACUCGCUAAUGUUGAAAAUGCCUUCCAUCCCGUGGAAUGUUCUUAUUGCCGGAGUGAAAGUAUGAUGGGGUUCCGUUACCGGUGCCAACAGUGCCAUGGCUACCAACUCUGUCAAAGCUGCUUUUGGCGUGGCCAUGCCAAUGGUCCCCAUAGCAACCAGCAUCAGAUGAAGGAGCACUCCUCUUGGAAGUCUCCAGCUAAAAAGCUAAGUCACGCCAUCAGUAAGUCUCUGGGCUGCGUCCCCAUUGGAGAGCUACCUCAUCCAGUGUUCCCUGAGCAGUUAGAGAAACCCCAGGACAGCGUGCCACACACUGUUCAGCCGAAGCCAGUAGCCAACAACAUGAACAACACAAUGUUCAUGUCCUCUGGUGUACCUACUCCUACUCAAAGUGUCUUAGAGAGUCCCAGCAGGCUAGAAGAGGAGCAUCGUCUCAUUGCUCGCUAUGCAGCGCGCCUUGCAGCAGAGGCAGGCAACUCCACAGUGAGUUGCUCCACACAAUGUCCUCCAACUGAUCUGAGUUUCAACUUCGAUGCCAACAAACAACAGAGGCAGCUAAUAGCAGAACUAGAGAACAAAAACAGAGAGAUCCUCCAGGAGAUCCAGAGAUUACGUCUGGAGCAUGAGCAGGCCUCCCAGCCCACCCCAGAGAAGGCCCAGCAAAACCCCACACUGCUGGCUGAACUCAGGCUCCUUAGGCACAGGAAGGAUGAGCUGGAGAGGCGCAUGUCAGCCCUACAGGAGAGCAGACGGGAACUGAUGGUCCAGCUAGAGGGACUGAUGAGGUUACUGAAGGCCCAGACAGGAGGCUCAACCCACUCCUCCCCCAGCCACGGGGCAGUCUGCUCCAUGCCCAUGCCGAUCCGCUCCACCUCAGCUGGGUCCACCCCCACCCACACACCCCAGGACUGCCUGGCCGGGUUGGGGGGCGACGUGCUGGAGGCCUUCGCUCAAGGUGUACCUAGAAAUCUUCGUAAUGAUCUGUUGGUCGCUGCAGAUUCAAUCACAAACACCAUGUCAUCACUUGUCAAAGAACUCCACUCAGUAGAUGAUGCUGCAGAGGAAGAGGACAACCAGAUGAGGAACGGAGGCCUAGGGGACAGGCGUGUGGAGGACAACCAGAUGAGGAACGGAGGCCUAAGGGACAGGGCAGAGGAUGAGGACAACCAGAUGAGGAACGGAGGCCUAGGGGACAGGCGUGUGGAGGACAACCAGAUGAGGAACGGAGGCCUAGGGGACAGGGCAGAGGAUGAGGACAACCAGAUGAGGAACGGAGGCCUAAGGGACAGGGCAGAGGAUGAGGACAACCAGGUGAGGAACGGAGGCCUAGGGGACAGGGCAGAGGAUGAGUACAACCAGGCACAGUGAGAGAUCUAAAACAUCAUUGAGGGAACAACAACCUCCCCAAACACCACUCCAUUGAUCUAGACAGGAUGUCAGACUGGAGAAGAAGAAUCAGAAUGAGAAUCUGCCACACCGACCAAACCCUUCUAUCAGGAAUUAGCACGUAGAGUAAUGCAUGCUGUUAUCAAACAGGAUUUCACUGUGUGAACUCCUAUUCAACAUGUUUGUUACACCUUGCUGUGGGAUGUCUGUUGGCAAGUCUAUAUGUCAUUCUGUAUAAAAACUUGAAGCUGUAAUUUUUAUGUAAUGACUGAUCCCCCCCCCCCGUCAUGACUGCAAGGGUCAAAUGUCUAAGGAAUGGCUUCCUGUGCUUUCUCUCAAUCUGUCUUGUUAAAUACAGAUCACCCUGUGUGCAUCAUAAAUGGCAGUGCACUACAUAGGGAAUAGGGUGCCAUUUUGUGCACUACAUAGGGAAUAUUGUUCCAUUAGGGAUGCUACCUCUAUCUGCAUAAACUGUACAUAUUAUAUAUGACCUUGGGAACACAGCACUGACCAUAACCUGAAAACAACCUAUUUUCACCAUGACAUGUUCCCCGGCCGUCAUUGCCUUUUGUAUGAUUACAGAUCACUUGCUAGUGUGCUUUCAUUAGGGGUUUUGCAUGAAGUUGCACUGUCCUGAGUCUGACUGGGUGUACUGUAGGUUGGUAGGUACCAUGUUAUCCCAGCUCUUUGUGGGUUUAUCAGUGCUUCUCAACCUGCGGUCCCCGGGCCAGCACUGGUCCUUGGGGUGUUGCUGAUUGGUCCCUCAGAUAGUGAGUGGACACUGAUUUAGUCAGUUCUCAAGUGUUAGAUUAAAACUAAGUGGUCUUCAAAGGAGGAAGGACUAUAGCUGGUCCUUGCCGGUCCCUGGUACACAAAAGGUUGAGAAACACUUGGUUACGAUGACUGCUGGGAUUUGUAGUCAUGUAUGUUGUCAUGCCUCAGAAUUCACAUUGAUUAUAUCCCAAAUGGCACCCUAUUCCCUAUAUGGUGCACUACUUUUGACCAGUGCCCAUAGGGCUCUGGUGAAAAGUAGUGCACAAUAUAAGGAAUAGGGUGCCAUUUGUGGGACGUAACCAUUGAGUCGCAUAAUGCUGCUACUAUGUGCUCACUCUGCCGCGAGACACCCUUUUGCAAAAAUAUGAGGGUUGUUUGGUCGUAGGGAGCCUAUGGGGGCUGUUGUUUAUUUUAAUCAGGGAAAUGUCCCGUUGUUAGAAUCGGAUUAAUUCUUCUCAUAGUUAAUAUUUUAUAGAAAAAAAACAAAGUGAGAGAAGCUACUAAAUGUAUUUUAAAGUGCAUUUAAAACUCUACAUGGUGUCUCGUCCCUCAUCCACUAAACUAGUCACUCAGUAGUGACCGUAUUUAUUGACCACAUGAAGCAAAGCGAGGGAGAGGAACUCAGGACAUUAGUUUUAAAUGAAUAUUAUAUUGUGAUCUUUCGUUACAACAUACUCACCUGUACAUAGGUGACGACAGGAGGCCGACACAGAAAGGUUGUGCUCAGAUAAGAUUAGCUUUGAUGGCUUAAAAGAAACGAGGACUGGAACAUGUGACUUGGGAACUGUAGCGGUAGAUGGAAUGCAGUGGUGACUCUCAAAUGGCACCCUAUUCCUGACAUAGUGCACUACUUUUGACCAGAGCAAUCAGCCCAGUGGGGCAAGAAUAGUGCACUAUAUAGCCAAUGGGGCGCAAUUUGGGUCACAUAUUCAAAAUGUGUGGUUAACUAAUAGUCAGUAGGCUAGGCCCUAAUGGGCUCCAGACCUGCUUGUUUAGGGGUCAGUUGCUGUGUAAUCAUUAAAGAGUCUGGAGGGAGCAGACAGCAACCCUGCGUCUCAAUAAUCUGGCCUUUCUACUGCAUUUAAAAGCAUUGGAUUGGUCUAAGCAUGUGCUAGACUGCUAUAUUUCUUAAAAUGGACAUAUUAUUGGGACACACAGCAAGAAGGGUUAACCAGAUGGCAGAAAUGACAGAUUAUUGGGAGACUGGGCAAGAGAGAUUGACCAGACAGCUGGAAGGACAGAUCAUUAGGAGACAGGGCAAGAGAGAUUGACCAGACAGCUGUAAGGACAGAUCAUUAGGAGACAGGGCAAGAGGGGUUAACCAGACAGCUGGAAGGACAGAUCAUUAGGAGACAGGGCAAGAGGGGUUAACCAGACAGCUGGAAGGACAGAUCAUUAGGAGACAGGGCAAGAGGGGUUAACCAGACAGCUGUAAGGACAGAUCAUUAGGAGACAGGGCAAGAGGGAUUGACCAGACAGCUGGAAGGACAGAUCAUUAGGAGACAGGGCAAGAGGGGUUAACCAGACAGCUGGAAGGACAGAUCAUUAGGAGACAGGGCAAGAGGGGUUAACCAGACAGCUGGAAGGACAGAUCAUUAGGAAGACAGGGCAAGAGAGAUUGACCAGACAGCUGUAAGGACAGAUCAUUAGGAGACAGGGCAAGAGAGAUUGACCAGACAGCUGUAAGGACAGAUCAUUAGGAGACAGGGCAAGAGGGGUUAACCAGACAGCUGGAAGGACAGAUCAUUAGGAGACAGGGCAAGAGGGGUUAACCAGACAGCUGUAAGGACAGAUCAUUAGGAGACAGGGCAAGAGGGGUUAACCAGACAGCUGGAAGGACAGAUCAUUAGGAGACAGGGCAAGAGGGGUUAACCAGACAGCUGGAAGGACAGAUCAUUAGGAGACAGGGCAAGAGGGAUUGACCAGACAGCUGUAAGGACAGAUCAUUAGGAGACAGGGCAAGAGGGGUUAACCAGACAGCUGGAAGGACAGAUCAUUAGGAGACAGGGCAAGAGGGAUUGACCAGACAGCUGUAAGGACAGAUCAUUAGGAGACAGGGCAAGAGGGGUUAACCAGACAGCUGGAAGGACAGAUCAUUAGGAGACAGGGCAAGAGGGGUUGACCAGACAGCUGGAAGGACAGAUCAUUAGGAGACAGGGCAAGAGGGGUUAACCAGACAGCUGGAAGGACAGAUCAUUAGGAGACAGGGCAAGAGGGUUAACCAGACAGCUGGAAGGACAGAUCAUUAGGAGACAGGGCAAGAGGGGUUAACCAGACAGCUGAAAAGACAGAUCAUUAGGAGACAAGGCAAGAGGGGUUAACCAGACAGCUGGAAGGACAGAUCAUUAGGAGACAAGGCAAGAGGGGUUAACCAGACAGCUGGAAGGACAGAUCAUUAGGAGACAGGGCAAGAAGGGUUAACCAGACAGCUGGAAGGACAGAUCAUUAGGAGACAGGGCAAGAGGGGUUAACCAGACAGCUGGAAGGACAGAUCAUUAGGAGACAGGGCAAGAGGGGUUAACCAGACAGCUGAAAAGACAGAUCAUUAGGAGACAAGGCAAGAGGGGUUAACCAGACAGCUGGAAGGACAGAUCAUUAGGAGACAAGGCAAGAGGGGUUAACCAGACAGCUGGAAGGACAGAUCAUUAGGAGACAAGGCAAGAGGGGUUAACCAGACAGCUGGAAGGACAGAUCAUUAGGAGACAGGGCAAGAGGGGUUAACCAGACAGCUGGAAGGACAGAUCAUUAGGAGACAGGGCAAGAGGGAUUGACCAGACAGCUGUAAGGACAGAUCAUUAGGAGACAGGGCAAGAGGGGUUAACCAGACAGCUGGAAGGACAGAUCAUUAGGAGACAGGGCAAGAGGGGUUAACCAGACAGCUGGAAGGACAGAUCAUUAGGAGACAGGGCAAGAGGGAUUGACCAGACAGCUGUAAGGACAGAUCAUUAGGAGACAGGGCAAGAGGGGUUAACCAGACAGCUGGAAGGACAGAUCAUUAGGAGACAGGGCAAGAGGGAUUGACCAGACAGCUGUAAGGACAGAUCAUUAGGAGACAGGGCAAGAGGGGUUAACCAGACAGCUGGAAGGACAGAUCAUUAGGAGACAGGGCAAGAGGGGUUGACCAGACAGCUGGAAGGACAGAUCAUUAGGAGACAGGGCAAGAGGGGUUAACCAGACAGCUGGAAGGACAGAUCAUUAGGAGACAGGGCAAGAGGGGUUAACCAGACAGCUGGAAGGACAGAUCAUUAGGAGACAGGGCAAGAGGGGUUAACCAGACAGCUGAAAAGACAGAUCAUUAGGAGACAAGGCAAGAGGGGUUAACCAGACAGCUGGAAGGACAGAUCAUUAGGAGACAAGGCAAGAGGGGUUAACCAGACAGCUGGAAGGACAGAUCAUUAGGAGACAGGGCAAGAAGGGUUAACCAGACAGCUGGAAGGACAGAUCAUUAGGAGACAGGGCAAGAGGGGUUAACCAGACAGCUGGAAGGACAGAUCAUUAGGAGACAGGGCAAGAGGGGUUAACCAGACAGCUGAAAAGACAGAUCAUUAGGAGACAAGGCAAGAGGGGUUAACCAGACAGCUGGAAGGACAGAUCAUUAGGAGACAAGGCAAGAGGGGUUAACCAGACAGCUGGAAGGACAGAUCAUUAGGAGACAAGGCAAGAGGGGUUAACCAGACAGCUGGAAGGACAGAUCAUUAGGAGACAGGGCAAGAGGGGUUAACCAGACAGCUGAAAAGACAGAUCAUUAGGAGACAAGGCAAGAGGGGUUAACCAGACAGCUGGAAGGACAGAUCAUUAGGAGACAAGGCAAGAGGGGUUAACCAGACAGCUGGAAGGACAGAUCAUUAGGAGACAGGGCAAGAGGGGUUAACCAGACAGCUGGAAGGACAGAUCAUUAGGAGACAGGGCAAGAGGGGUUAACCAGACAGCUGGAAGGACAGAUCAUUAGGAGACAAGGCAAGAGGGGUUAACCAGACAGCUGGAAGGACAGAUCAUUAGGAGACAGGGCAAGAGGGGUUAACCAGACAGCUGGAAGGACAGAUCAUUAGGAGACAAGGCAAGAGGGGUUAACCAGACAGAAAGUCUGGUUUUGGUUUAUAAUAUUGAAUGAUUUAGAGCAGAGAACAGAUGUGGGGUGGACAAGAGCAGGAAACUGGCUCUGUUGAAUCAGGAGGAUAUCAGAUACAAUAAAACACUCUUCUGAUGGACAGACAGUUCUGUUGUUCUGGGUUUGCAUUUAUCUCUGAAAUAAAGCACUGAAAUGAAUAACUAGAUAACAAAUGUUAGGUUUAGCAAUGUGACACGAUAAAGGGCCAGACGGAGAAGAGUGGGGUUUGGUUCACGUCAUGAUAUUACAUAAUAAUAACAUGUUUACGCUAAAUUGAAACACUGGUUAAGCAAUGAACUGUACUGAAGUUGUACUUAAACAUUUAACAUUGAGAUAAUGUGCAAAGUACAGUCAGCUAUCCUUUAAACGAAGUACAAGGCCUUAUCAACCUACUACACUGUGUCCAGGAAUAGAAGAACGAAGAAGUGGAUUCUAACUAUCCGUUGUUCUAAAUGUGAUGUUUUUAUUUGGUUACUUAUUUUACGUGAUCUUAUCAUUCUGGGUGUUAUUUUAGUUUGCUAGUGGAAUUAAAUCAUUGAUAGAGUAGAAUAAAAUAGAAGAAAUCAAAACUAUGAAAUUAUAAGUGUUAAACAAAUCAGAAUAGAUUUUAAUAUUUGAGAUUCUUCAAAAUAGCCACCCCUUGCAUUGAUGACAGCUUGCACACGCUUGGCAUUCUCUCAA